CAAGUGAUCGACACAUUUUAUUUUUAUACUUUUUUACAUCACGCCAUACAUAACACUGUGGUUCUUUACUAUGAUUUCUCUCAAGUUUCUUUUCCUCACGAAGACAGUAAUAAUACCUCCAUUGAGGUACCAUUGGAUGAAGCGAAUGGAGUACUGUCAGAACUAUUUGAACAUAAUAAUAUUAAUAACCUCAUCUUAACUAAAAAUCUUGAAGAUAUCUUACCUAAUAAGUUUUUUGAUAAUAACUUUUUUGAUAAUAACAAGUCUUUUGAUAAUAAUAAACCACUCUAUCCAAUAAUACCUGAGAUGUCAUUUGACAAUUGGACAAAAUUCAAUAA